AUGAGCUCCACCAGCGCCAACAAAUGCACUUUGUAUUCUGUGGGGGACGUUCCUUACCUUGCUGAGGUCAAUGGAGUCUUCUUUCCUACGGUGCACGGCCUGUGGCGCUGCCCACGGAUGCUUCCUUCAAUGAUUCUGUUGUCCCCUGUGUCUCACUUCGUACUGAAGGGGGCAGACUUGAUGCUGCCGGGGGUUUGCAGGCCUUUAACGAUAGCAGCAGCGCGAGCUGCAGGAGUGGACUCGAUUAAAUGCGGCGAUCUAUGGGCUAUUCGUGUGGCAGGCAAUGCCUUGCCUUUUGCUGUGGGGCGCGCAGUCACAAGGGUCCCCUCUUUGGAGCUUCUAGGAGACAAGGGAAGGGUGCUGGAGCUCAUUCAUUAUCUGGGGGACUCCUUAUGGAAGCACGGGAAGCACACACCUUUGCCCCCCCUGUUUACCUUUAGUCAAGUCUUCAGUGGAGGAGAUGACGCCGAGUUGCUGGCCUCUUGCGGUAUGGGCCCACCGGAGUCGCUUCCGGGGGCGAUGCCGCAGGAGCAGCAGCAGGAGCAGCAGGAGGAACAGCAUAAGCAGGAUGCGGCUCAAGAGAAAGACGCUGCAGCUGAGAGCUGCACCAAGACUGAUGCGGACGGGCACACGCCGGUUUGCGUCGCUGCUGCGGAGCAGCCAAGAACACAGGAGGCAGGAGGACAGGCGUGCCCUGUUGCUGUCUCAGGAGACGAGGUCCCAACAACCUCAGCAGAGCAGGCUUUGACUACGGAGGAACAAGAUAAAUACUUGGCUCUCUGCUUGUUAGAGACGCUACAUACUGUGUCGGACGACCAACUACCCCUCGACGUCUCUGCUCUGUACAGGCAAGUCUUAGCUGGGGGAGUGCAUUUAUUCUUCUCGAGUUUCUCAUCCAAUGGGGUGCUGGAUAAUUUAGGCAGUAGGAUAUAUGCGCGUGGUAGUAGCGCUCAGUUGUUGACAGGAAGAGCAAGAACCAUGGUCAAAUUAACAGCGGAGGCCCCCGCCAUAUUCUACACCAAAAUGGAGAAGGGAGAUGCUCCUUUUGUUGCCCCAGAUAUCCGACGGUCGUCAGCCAAGAAGCUGGGAAAGUUCAUUCAGGGUGCCACCAAGCAGAAGCUUUUGCAAACGAAAGAGCAACGGGGGGUCGUCUCUGUCGUAAAAAUAAAUCGUUCCCAUCCCGAUUACUGCAAGCACACUCCCGUGCCGGAGAAUCGGAAGAAAAAGUUCGUGGAAAAGGCAGCAGUACCUGUUGCAGCGUCAGGUGCUGCUUCCGCCGGGCCAGCAGCACCAGCAGAAGAGGCAGCACAAAAAGGGACACAGACAGCCGUAGGGACUGCGGCCUCCACCUCAGGUCCCCUCGUCUUUGAGUUUUGUGCCCCUCCUGCUAAGUGCUGCAGAAUAUUUGCGGCGGUGGGGGCACGCACUGGGAAGAAUGUCUUUUUCACCGCCGAGGAAUACCGGCAGGUGCUGGGCAAGUACUUGGAGCAGCAAGAUACAAAGAGGGAAGACGGCGAGGAGCAGGCGACGCAGACGGGAGGGCCUCCUCCAGGCGGCAGAGGCAAUGCAGUUAAAAUAGACCCUCUUCUGGCUGAAGCGGUGCUUACGAAGGAAGAGAGAGGGGACGCAAAAACAGGAGGAGAAGACAAACAGAUAAUGGACAAGGGGGAAGUUUUUGUUAGAUGGAUUGAAACUGCUCAACCUUGCCACGCCGUUCUGAGAGAUGAGAGCGAGCUACCGCUUCUGCAAGACAGGAUAGUGCGAGGUCCCUGCGCCCCGGUGCGCAUUUCUGUAGAGGAGAAACAAGGGGGGCGGAAGCACGCCACGCACAUUCUGAACGUCACAAACUUCUUAGUCGAGCCCAAGACCCUUGCUGAAUUCCUGCAGAAGAAGUUGGCGGCUUCGGCCUCUCUCUACGCGCCUCCAGGCUCGAAGGCGGGCAACGUGGCACGGCCUGUGGCGGAGCUCCUGAUUGCAAACUUUGGCAUACCGAAGAAGUUCGUGGAGAUAGAGGCGAAAAAGCCUAAGUCAGGUCGUUGA